ACCAGGUUUCUGGCAUUGGUAAGGGAGCAGGAUUUGUUUAUUUUCUCACUAAUCUCCAUCCUGAAUUUGUGUGGGGUCCACAGAGUAGGCAAGUGCUGAAACUGUGACAGUUGACACAGAUUUAACACAGACACUGAGUUAUUCUGGGAGAUCUACGUCAAAUAUGGAUUCACAAGGCUCUAUAUCCUCCCAUCUCUCCCUUCUCAGGACUCUUCCCUUGUCCAAAAGGAGAGCUCAAAAGAGAAGGCAAAUUCUUAAAGCCAUGCCUCAGGGAUCAGUGUCAUUCAAGGAUGUGACUGUGGACUUCACCCAGGAGGAGUGGCAGCAACUGGACUCUGCUCAGAAGGCCCUCUACAGGGAUGUCAUGUUGGAAAACUAUUGUCACUUCGUCUCUGUGGGCUUUCACAUGACUAAGCCCGAUAUGAUCCACAAGUUGGAACAAGGAAAAGAACUAUGGACAACAGGGAGAAUUUUUCCAAGUCGUAGUUACCUAGGAAACAACUAGAAAACUGGACAAGAUGUUGAACAACAGGCAGCACAGGCCUGGAUUCCUGAGAGAAGAAAAACAAAUGAGAUGCACCCUACCUCAUUCCAGGCUUUCAUCUGAAGGCAACUUCCAAACUGCAGUGCAGAAAGAGGAAUCCAAAAAACACUUGACAAUUUUAUUGACUUAAGGGGACCAACACUGGCAUUCAAGGAGACUGAGGUGGCUAGAAUUUGCAGGACACACUUCCCCAAAAGAGGGAGCUAUGUAGGGAAAGAGUUCCCCAAAUCUGGAAAAGGUUCCCCUUGAGUCUUUGGCUAAAUACACAUCUGCACGUUUGUAGGUGUUGAAACCUUAUGAGACCAGGCAAGGACACGUUCUAAGAAAAAUACAAUUACCACGGUGUUGUGAGACAAACAAUUCCCAUAGCCUACUGCACCAGGAAUCAUUUUAUUUCCCUCCAGCCAGAGUGGAGAGAACUUGUUAAUACAUAGGACAUUAGAGAGAUUCCUUAGAAAGGUCACAUCUAAUAAAUGGGGCUAGAUUAGCCAUCGAUCAGAGACUGCAAGAUUUGCCAUAAAAGAGCUUAAAUAAAAGCAUCAAAAGGAUUUAACCAAUCCAAAAGUAAUUGCUGUGUGUCUGUUGGGUCCUCCAAGGAGAUGCUGAGAUGGAGUUGGGAGUGUCAUAGAUUUAUUAGAGGUGACAUCUAUGAAAGAUAAAAGGAAAAAGUGAGAUC